UCCGUGAGUAUAUAUACGUGAUGGAAGGGAACCAUAAACUUCUCCUUUACCAACCCCCCUUCAAAGUAAUAAACGCAGGCAGAAAGAAAACUAAAGUUUUCAAAUUCAUUCAAAUUAACUACGAAACACAUAUUCGAAAAAAGCUUUACGAGUCCUUGGAAAAAUGAUGCAUAAAACAGUUUUACAAAGAUUGGGCAUGAAGAUCUGUAUGCCUCGCACCUUUUCAACUAGCUCCAGAUUAAAUUACAAGGUAGCUGUUUUGGGUGCUGGCGGAGGUAUUGGCCAGCCCUUGUCUAUGCUUUUAAAGACAAACACGAAGGUUUCUGAAUUAGCUCUUUUUGAUAUUAAGGGUGGUCCUGGUGUUGCAGCUGAUGUAGGCCACAUCAAUACCUCUUCCAACGUCGUCGGCUAUUCUCCCGAUGACAAGGGUCUCGAAAAGGCUUUGAAGGGCGCUGAUGUGGUUGUCAUCCCCGCUGGUGUUCCUCGUAAACCUGGUAUGACUCGUGAUGAUUUGUUCAAGACCAAUGCUUCUAUCGUUCGGGAUUUGGCCUUCGCCUCUGGUGAAGCUGCACCUAAUGCCAAGUACCUUGUUGUCACCAAUCCCGUCAACUCUACUGUUCCUAUCUUUAAGAAGGCCUUGGCUCGUGUGGGUGUUAAUCAGCCUAAGCACUUGUUUGGUGUCACUACUUUGGAUUCUGUUCGUGCUAGCCGUUUCGCUUCUCAAGCAACAAAUGGCCUUGCUGAAUUACUCAGUAUUCCCGUUGUCGGUGGUCAUUCAGGUGCUACUAUUGUGCCCCUUUUGUCUCAAGGAAAGGUUAAUUUGACCGGUGCUGAACGUGAUAACCUCGUCCACCGUAUUCAAUUUGGUGGUGACGAAGUGGUCAAGGCCAAGGCUGGCGCCGGAAGCGCUACUUUGUCUAUGGCUUAUUCCGGAGCCCGUAUGGCCUCCUCUGUCAUCCGUGCUUUGGAUGGUGAAUCCGGCGUUGAAGAAUGUACCUUUGUGGAGUCUCCUUUGUAUAAGGAUCAAGGUAUUGACUACUUCUCUUCUCGCGUUACUUUGGGCAAAGAUGGUGUUGAGACUAUUCACCCCGUGGGCCCCAUUAAUGAAUAUGAGGAAGGUCUUCUCAAGGUCGCUCUUGCUGAAUUGAAGAAGAGCAUUGAAAAGGGUGAACAUUUCGUUGCAUAAACUAUUUCUGCGAAAAUUUCCGAUUGCUUUUCCAUCAUUCUUUUAACCUUCAACGCAAUUCGUUUAUGAUAUCUAUGCCUAGAUUAAAUCCCUCUUUUUUCUUUUAAUACAACAUUUAGUUUUUAUUCUAUACUUACUGUAAGGGCUUUUCGC